AUGACACUAGCAACCCUCAGUAUCAGAAGUAUGGUGACAAGUUGGCAGUCUUACGAGAGGAAUUUUCAGAAAGAUUUGGUGACCUCAAGAAACAUUCACAAGCCAAUGAAGUCUGCUUCUCCUUUUUCUGUGGAUGUGGCAACAAUUCCUGAGGACAUACAGAUGGAAAUAAUUGAACUACAGUGCAAUGAUGAACUAAGAAAGAAGUUUGAUAAUAGUUCAGUAUACCAGUUUUAUAAGAAGCAUGUAUCAGUAACAGUGUAUCCAAAACUCUCUGCUCAUACAAGGAAAAUGAUGGCAGUGUUUGGUAGCACAUAUAUUUGUGAGCAGCUCUUUUCAAAAAUGAAUCUGGUUAAAAACAAGUAUAGGUCUGUACUUCCUGAUGAACCUUUGGAAUGUACCCUGCGUGUAGCCACAUCAUCCAUACAGCCUGAUAUUGAUGAGUUGGUGUCCCAAAUGCAACAUCAACCAUCUCACUAG